UAAUGUGCUCCUAAGUACGCCAGAAAGAAAAAUAAUGUAGAAGAAUAUAGGAAACAUAGCAAAAAUGAUUGAAACAACACAUGCGCAAAAUAAAAUAUUUGUUUGUCAAGAAUUCCUUGGGGAAGAAGUAGGUGUUCCUUCAAAGGUUUUUGGGCGCGUUAUUACUAUCCCUUUUUAAACGCAUAGGCACAUGCGUGUUAUAAAAACAAGAAGUCCCCUGUGUUAAAUCCUACGUCUUCAGAUGUUGCAAGUUGAUUUUAUCGUGUCUCACAACUGACUUAAACGUAUAAAAAUGUAAGAAAAAAAUGCGAAAAUAAUGUUUGCGAAUUCGCCAUUAAAAAAUUCCGCAUCUUUUUAAAUAAAGACGAGCAUUCGCAAAUUCUUAUUUCGCAUUCAAACUUAUUUUUCUGGCUAAAUUCGCAAAUUUGCUGUAACUUGACAAUAAAACUCCCUUUAGGCUGGAUUUAAUCUUUAAUUUUGCAAUUUCAAUAACUUCGUUCCCAGUGUCCUUUGAUAUCAAAAACGAUGUCGUUGGAAGUUGGGUACUCCCUAUGUCGUCAGUGUACAAGGCGACAACAUUACAUUAAGUAUAAACAUAUUUAAUAAAUACGAAUUAUAACAUGUAAAAUAAAUCAUAUUCAUCUAUAUUGGUCACAUUGUAACGAAAUAUAUUUUAAAUAUUCUUUAAAUAAUUAAUUUAUCACGACGUCAUUGCAACUAGUCGGUUUGAAACAUCAUUGUGUCUACAAAUGGCAGGUUUUGUGAUGCUACCGCGAAUGCGUAAGUAGCGUGUAUGCUGAAGAAACAAACGUUAAACUCUCACGGCAUCUGUAUCGAUAGUUCUUGCAGAGAAACUUUAGGCAAGGUCAAAAACUCGCAAAAUUUGCUGUAUGAACUUUUGACAAUCAAGCAUUUUUACAUUUUGCGCUCAUGUACUUUUGCAAAUAUAACGUGUAACAAAUUUUUCAGUUGACAAAAAGCAUCUUAAUUGGAAAAAAAACCUACGAAAAUAAACUCCUGUGAAAAUUUCGUUAAGGUUUUUAAACUUUAAUGAAUGGAAUAGACAUAUCAACGAGAAUGUGCUAGUCUCUCGUGAUCUCCCGGGAACAUUCGUGUUAAACUAUGUUUCACGAACUUUAAAUCAUUUAACAUAAACAGUUUAAUAUUUCUUCAUAUCUCCUUUAAAAUUACAACUUAAUUUUCUGCGUGAAUAUUUCUUUCAUUCAGUAUGACGUAAGACUUUGGUAACUAGUAUUAUGUAUUGACUAUCUAGAAAGUGAAUUUGAGAAAAAAUGUACCCUUACAAACAGACAGUUGCUUAAGAAGGGUAUAUCAUUGCACAGUAAACAAACAUUGGUGUAUUACAUUGUUUGCUAAACUCUAGUAAGAUGAGUCAACGACGUAAAACAAAUCUGGUCACACAAACACACCAGCCAAACAUUGUGCUUAGAAUCGAGGCUGCAAUCAAAGAUAGCGACUUGCAAAAACUAAAAUCCAUAUUGGAGGACAACCCUAACAUAUUGCACUAUAAAAGCGAAGAUGAGAGAUCUUGGUUGCAUUUGGCUUCAGCAGAAAGUAAUGUUGAAAUUGUUAUUUAUCUUGUUCAGAAAGGAAUCGAUGUUGAUGUUUUGGAUAAAACGAAGCGCAUACCUUUGCAUUACGCAUGCGUAAAUGAUAGAUAUCAAAACACACAUACGCUUUGUAAGCUUGGCUCGAACGUUAAUCAAAGUCAAUCAGAAGGAAAUACAGCACUCCACCACGCUGCCUUUUAUAACAGCGUCAAUACAAUCACAGAAUUACUUCAACAAGGAGCUGAUAUAAAUGCUCGUAACUUAAACGGAGAGACUGCUCUCCAUUGGGCUGCUUAUGAGAAUAAGUCAGAAGCUGCCAAACUUUUGGUUCUAAUGGGAAUUAACAAGUUGGUUAAAUCUAUAGAUAAUUUUGAAACUGCAUUUGGAUAUGCGAGAAGAAAUGGAUUCGAUGAUGUUGCAGAUGUGAUAAUAAUGAAUAGAAAAAGCACCGCGGAGGAGAACAAAAUGUUAAUAGCAGCGUAUGAAACAGUAGAUGCUAAAAAGGUUUUAAAGGAAAAAGAGGCAAAAUGUGAGGAGCAGGAGAAGCAACUGCAACGCAAAAAGCUCAAGCUGGCCUUAGAGAGGAAGAGGUUAUGCUUGAAGAGAGCAGAAACAAAUAAAGUAGAAGCAGAAUCCAAGCUGGAAGAAAAGCAAGAAAUAAAAUCUAUUUGGCAAAAAGCUUUAGAGGCGGAACAAAAGAAAUUGGAGACAUCACACAAAUUGAUUGCCAUGGAAAAAGUGAAAAUAAAGAAAUUUAACGAUAACAUAACAGUAGUAAAACAAAAAUUGAAGAAUUAUUCUUAUAAUGCAGAAAUUGAGAAAAUCAAAACAGCGACGAAAGAGUACGAUGAAAUUGCAAACGAAAUUGACAACUUGGAAAGACAGUUGAAAGAAGAUGAUUUCGAAGGCGUACGUUCGAACGUAAACAAAAGAAAAUUCAAGGUUGCUGUAUCUGCAGUGCUAGCUACAUUGCAUUGAGAACUUUUUUUUUUGUACUGUAAGAACAUCUGUGUAUUAGCUCAGGUUCGAUGUGCUUUUAUUCCUUUUAUGUUCUUCUAAAAAGGUUAAGACAUUAGAUAUUUAGACAAGAAGAUAGUAGUAAUAUAGUAUGGUUAAAUUUACAAACGAUAACAGAGAGAUGUUAAAAAAAGUCCCCUUAUUGUAAAAACAUACAUGUAACUACACUAGUAAAAAGAAAAAGAAAAUUAAAAUAAUUUUUUCUUAAUACUUUUAAUUUACGAUGGAUUUAAGCUGACCAUCUUCUUAAUAUGUCCUUAACUUUUCACAAUUUCCGCCUCAACGUUCUUAUAAACUAAGUUCUUAUAAAAAAAUCUGUAUUUGUUAGAUAUAACGAUGUCUUACCUUAUGGUGUGCUGUUAUGCAAUGUUUUCAGUGUCAAUCAUUUCUUUUUAACAUUACGGGCGAAUAAAUUUUCGCGAUUCUGUGUUUUCCCGCUUAACAUGCAACGAAUUUUAAUUGGCUGCUAAAAAAGUACAAUAGUGUAGAUUUCUUGGUGGGGAGAAUUUAAAAAGGUUUUUCGUUUUAAAUUUGAAUUCGCAAUGUCAGUUUCAAUACAAUCAGAGAAGAUUGUCCAACACAUAGCGCGCUUUUAAUUAAAACUCAAUUCAAAAUUCCGUCCUUGACCUAACAAAUCUGACAUACAGUGGAAUCUCUCUACCUCGACUACUCUCUAUCUCGAACUUCUCUCUAUAUUGAACUAAAGUCUCGGUCCCUUUGUGGUCCGCCUAAGGUAUUUUUCUUUCCUUAUCUCGAACUUUCUCUAUUUCGAACAAAUUUUUUGGUCCCUUGCGAGUUCGAGAUAGAGAGAUUCCACUGUAGUUAAUCCAACAUCGUCUCCAGGGAAUAAAUAUCCUGUCAUACGCUAGAUUUUAAGACAAAAUUUGUCGAUCUGCACGGAUUAUAAACAUCUGGAGAACCUUCUGCUAAAGACAUCAACCCAUUAACCCAUUUCAGAGGGAUACAAAAGGACAUUGGGAGAAAAACCGUAAACUUGUAAAUUUUGCGUGGCUGUACAAAGUCAACAGACAGGUUUUGAUGAUAAAAAUGUUUAGCAGUUCAAGUAAGAGGCAUCUUGCUCAACUAGUAAACAUUUAUAAAUAGUUGUGUUUAUGUCAAAAAGUGGUACUGUCCAAGCCAAUCGAAACGUUGAAACACAUUCUUUUAUUUUAGGUCACAGGUACCUGAAGUACUGUAGGAUUUUUCAUAAUUAUAAAUCUUCGCAAAUGAUCGAAUGAAUUAAAUUUAGUAGAACUAAAAAAGUCAAUUCAAUCAUUCAGUUAAUGAUAGAUUAGUUCGCGUUUUCCAGUAAAUGAGCGUGUGCCUCAAUAAAUAUAAGAAAAUUGUAUUCUUCAGUAGGUUAUCUACCUUAAACGCCAAGGCUACAAACAGCAAAGCAUAGUGAGACAAGGU